AUGGGUGUACCGUUUGAGGCACUCCUCCCGUACGGGAUCAUGCUAGCUGUUUGUCACCACAAAUGUUCGGCGUCACUGGAGCUGGCCUGUCGACGGUACGAUACUACUCCAACAACAAGAAAGCCCCAAGGCGAACUCUUGAUGCUUGGGACCGACAGAGUCAGCCAACCUCCAACCAUUCACCUUGGGCUCAUCCACUGA